AUGCACAUAUCUAGAACUAAACAUUUGUCUGAGAACUUUACUUGGUUGGAGCUUCUUCUAAAGGAUGGUUCAUGUGAACACAAUCCUUCUAGUUGUUAAGAAACAACAUAUCAGCUUUUGGAACCUCUUUUACUCUGUUUUGAAUCUAUGUUCUGAGGUGCUAGGUGAUGAUCGACUUCUUGAUAGAAAGGUUCAUUAAUCAUCUAGAAGGGUGUGAUUACGUGGAUCUCUAUUGUUGCUUCUUAGAAUUUGAGAACUUGAAGAAGGUAGAACUAGAAGGAGAAGAUUAAAGAAAAGUUGCGAGCCAUUAAGCCAUGUGCUACUAUUCUGAGGAUUGUAAAUGCAAAUGCAGCCCUCUUAGUUUUCUCUUUGGCCUGCCUUUUGCCUUCUUGAUCUUGACUCUCUUGUCUUCAUCUCCCUUGUUAUUUUGGAAGAAACACAAUCAACAUAAAGGCUUUAAUGGUGACAUUUAAUUUGAUAUCAAUUAUUUCUUGCAGGUAUCAAUAAAAUUUAAGGAGCUAUUACUGCAGGUAUCAAUGUUAUUCCUAUAUUUUUUGCACUCACUAUCACCGGUCUCGGGUCAAGGGUUAGUGUUCGCGGAUAAACCCAUCCAUCAGCGAAGCUAUAAAUUUGUGUGUUGUACUGCCUACUGUGAUGAAGAGUCUUCGAUGGACAUACUUCAACUCGUUUUCUGCAUUCACUCACACCCCAUAUGAUGUAUGGGAUCAAAUUUCUGACGGUUUUUUGCGGAUUGUCUUCCUUAGGCUUCCCUUGAUGAUUAAGGGUUUGUGAAAAGCUAUUGGAUAUCAAUGGCCAAUGACAGGAUUAGCACGUUACCAGAUGAAGCCCUUUAUCACAUUCUCUCUUUUCUUCCAACUCAAAUGGCUGCAGCCACAAGUAUUCUUUCAAAGAGGUGGACGCCACUGUGGCUCUCAGUUCCUUCUCUCUUCUUUGACGACCAAAGCUACCUCCGUAACCACAAACCCUAUCUAUAUUUCACAAAAUUCAUAUAUGCAACCAUUCUCGACAGAGAUGUGCCCAUUAGAAUGUUUCGUUUGCAAUGUGAGGCUUCUAGUUCCGAUCUUUCUGGUUCCGAUCUCAAAAUAUGGAUCAAAGCUGCAAUACAACGUGGACUUGAGAACCUCUACAUCCUGCUGCCCCCUAUACCUAAUGUUUUUCGACCGAACUUGAGCAGCUGCAUUUUCUGCUGCAAAACUCUUGUUGUUCUCAAGUUGGUAGGGUUAAAUGUGGAUGAAUUUUCUUCUGUUGACCUUCCUUCACUCAAAACUCUGCAUUUUCACAAUGUUGUGUUUCAAGAACCGCAUUAUUUUUUGGAUCUUCUUGCUGGGUGUCCAAUUCUUGAGUAUAUGCAUCUGACGCAUGUAUACUAUAUCUAUGCCGAUGCUGUUGAUUAUAUUCCUAGUGACAGGAACUUUGGAAGCUUAUCUAAGUUGGUCAGGGCAGAAAUACAUAGCAUUGAUUUUGAUACUUUUGUAGAAUCUCUUGGCAUUGACAAGUACCUGGAAGACAUUCCAAUUUUUCCCAGUUUAACUCAUCUGGAGCUUAUGUGGUGGGGAUGUAAAAUGAAUUGGCCUUUGGUGCUUUCAAUGCUCAAGCAGUGCCCUAUGCUUCAAAACUUUGUCCUUAAUAUGGAGACAAGUACUGAUUUUGAUGAUGUGGUUUGGAUUUCACCCCCAGUUGUCCCUGAAUGCCUUUCUUCACAGCUUAGGAAAUGUUCCAUGACAAAUUAUGAAGGCACGAAAAGUGAGCUCAAUUUUGCAGAAUAUGUUAUGCAGAAUUCAAGAGCUUUACAGACGAUGACAAUAAGCACCCGGUGUUCCUCAGAAUUAAUGGUCGACAAGCUUGAACUGUUUGAAAAAUUGUCCUCAUGCCCAAGGAGUUCCAGGAUUUGUGAACUUUCAUUUACAUGACAAUGAAGGACAGGCUCUACUUGGUAGAUGGAAAUUGUGUUUUAGAUUAUUGCAUUUGAAUUUGGUUUACCUACAGAUAGUACAACUGCUAGUCUUUUGAAGGACAUGGUAUCUGUCUCUUGUUCAAUAAUAGUCCUUAAAUGUCAUAAUUUUUCAACGAAGUGAAGAUUUGUGUUUUUAAUAAAAUGACUAGCUCCUUUUAAGCUAUACAAGUA